GAAGAAGAAGAAGAAGAAACUGGGUCGAGCAUUAUUAGUUUAACUACUGUCAUUUGUGUGGACAUUUUGGUUUGUUUUGGUCUUUGUUUAGUUUAUAUUUUGAUUUAAGUUGUGUUGACUUGGGCUCUCAUAUUGGCAAUAAUUUCUGUAUAUGUUUUGUGUGUCUAUGUUGGUGAAGCUGAUUCAGUCAUGUCAUGUGUGGUGUUGUAAGUAUUGUGGUUUUUGUCCCCCUGUUUUCUUGUGUGUUUAGCUAGAGCAGGGGGCUGUUUCAUAAAAGCCGCUUAGAAAAGCGGGGAUUAAAGUCCCAAACCUGACUUGAAUGAGCCGAGCUAAACAUCCGCGCUUAAAUUGGUUCCAUAACAGUAAAUUGAGGAUCAUGUGAUCUUACUAAUUUGAGUCAGGUUUAAAUAGUCUAGAUAAUUGCGCGUGCACGCCAUUGUUUAAAAGUCCUGAAAAGUCGAGCAUGGGUCAAUCGAUUUACUGUGGGCUACCAUGGCAACAAAAGGAAAAGAUAGAGCAGCGAUGUUCACGGCAACGGAACAGCGUUUGCUAUUGGAAACAUAUGAAGAAUUUAAAGAUGUCAUUACCAAAAAAGGCAAUACAGCGGCAAUAAAUAAAGCAAGAGAGAAAGGUUGGCAGGAAAUUGCUGAUCGUCUCAAUGCCAGCAACUUAAGUGAAGGAAAAAGAACCUGGCAGCAGGUGAAAAUAAAAUAUAAAAAUAUAGUUCAGAAUGCGACCAAAAAGAAGACUGAGGUUGCUGGCACUGGGGGAGGGCCACCACCAGCCAGCUUCACUCCUGCAGAGGAGCUGGCUUUGGAAAUUAAUAAAGGGAGGCCCGUCCUUGAGGGAAUAGAGGGGGGGACAUCAUCUAAAAUGAUAUCACCUAGUAUAAGGAGUGAGUAUAUAAAAGUGACAAAAGAUUCUGUAUGCUUUAUGGAUCCACCAGACAUCAUGUUGCCUUGGUCACAGGGAGAAGGCCCAUCAGUUGAGGAAGAUGAGGAGACUGUGUCUGUAUGUUCAAGGAGGCCUGAGGAUGCUGACACUGUUCUAGAGCCCUCUCAGUCUGGGACCACAUGUGAAAAAAACCCAGAAAACAUAAAAGGAGUGUAUAAACGCUACCUCCUUAAACAAAUGGAAGCGACUGAUAUCGACAUCCAGUAUAAAAAACUGAAGAUGAGGAAGUUGGAGCUGGAAAUUCAACAGCUACAGAAAAAUGCAAAUUCACUCUGAAUAAAGACAAAUCACAUUAAA